UAUUGUCCUCUUUAGGAAUUUGUUAAAGGUCCAUUUGUUUAUAUCGAGUUUGGGGGAUUCCAUUCUGUGAGUCACUUUUCUUUCUUUCUUUUUUAACUCAGAAGUUUUGUCUGUUCUGUUCCUUUAUAAACUUCGUCAGAAAGCACAAGCAACCUCUUUGAUUCUCAGUCCUCAUAAAGGAUUUCAUCCUUCACUACUCUUCUAUCGUUCUGGUUGUUCUCAGAACCUCCGUCUUCACGUUCCACUUGAACUGAAAUUAUUUUUGUAUUUGUUCUUCAUGCAUCUAACUUUCUUCUAAAAAUUUUAAUCUCAACCAAGCUUUUCCCUAGAAUACGAUUUUCCUGAGAAAAUGACAGCAUCUGAAAAGCCCAGCACCAAAGGACAAGCAUGGUUAGAUAAAUCUCUUACUCUUUUAACCCCUUUUCUUUUGCAUUAUCUAUUGCAAUUUGUGACGAUUUCUCUGUGUAGGUUCUGCACCACCGGAUUGCCAAGCGACAUUGUGGUAGAAGUGGAAGACAUGACCUUCCAUCUUCACAAGUUCCCUCUGAUGUCAAAAAGUCGAAAGAUUCACGACCUGAUUACAGAGCAAGAAACGAAUCAUUCCUCUGCUGCUAGAAUCCAACCUGCUGGCACAGAAACACAAUCUGUCCCCGAGGAAAUUGAGGAAGACGACGAAAUUGCUGAAGAACACUGUCAUAUAACAUUUGCAGACUUUCCCGGCGGCUCCGAGACCUUCGAGAUAGCUGCCAAGUUCUGCUACGGUGUCAAAAUCGACUUAUCCUCUUCCAAUGUGGUCUCUCUCCGCUGCGCUGGUGAGUUUCUUGAGAUGACAGAAGAGUACUCUGAAGAUAACCUCAUCUCCAAGACCGAGAAGUUUUUCUCUCAGUUUGUCCUCAAAAGCAUCAAGGACUCCAUUAGAGCGCUCAAGUCCUGUGAGAGAUUGAUGCCUCUGGCGGAGACAUUAGGCAUUACGCAGAUGUGUAUAGAUUCCGUUGUUGCCAGCGCCUCGUCAUCGGAUCCGGCAUUGAUUGGUUGGCCGCUGAGUGAUCCCGGAGCCAACGACGCAACAACUCGAGGUUCUGACUCGAAGCAGAUCUUGUGGAAUGCGAUUGGGACUGGUGGAAAGAGAAAAGGCGUAAGCAGAGGCGUUACAAGAGGAGACCCAUGGCUUGAGGAUCUGGCGCGCCUGAGUUUUCCUGUUUUCAAGCAACUCAUUCUGGCCCUGAAAAAUACGGAUACGAGACCGGAGGUAAUAGAGUGUUGUCUUCUGUAUUACGCAAAGAAACACAUUCCUGGUGUAUCAAGGUCGAGCCGGAAGUCCUUAACCUCAUCUUCGACGGCAGUUUCAGAGGCUCAACAGAAAGGGUUGCUGGAGACUAUAAUAUUGAAUCUUCCAUUGAAGAGUAGGUCCAAGUCCUCCGCAGCAACGAGGUUUCUGUUCGGAUUAUUGCGAACAGCCAAUAUAUUGAACGCAUCCGAAGUUUGCAGAGAUACAUUGGAGAAGAAGAUAGGUUCACAGCUAGAGGAAGCGACGCUGGACGACCUUCUCAUACCCAACUACUCGCAUUUGAACGAAACACUAUACGACGUAGAUUGUGUGGAGAGAAUGUUAGGUCAUUUCUUAGAGGGUUUAGAAGAAAGAAACGAUGCCGCAACAAUUGACGGCAGGUCGCCGACGUUAACGUUUGUGGGUAAACAAAUCGACGGCUAUCUUUCCGAGAUAGCUUCCGAUGCAAAUCUCAAACCAGAAAGGUUCUACAACUUCGCUCACUCUCUUCCCGAACAAGCCCGACUCUUCGACGAUGGUCUCUACCGUGCCAUAGAUAUCUAUCUCAAGGCACACCCACGGACAUCAGAAGCAGAACGCGAAAGGAUUUGCGGGUUGCUGGACUGUCAGAAGCUAACACUAGAGGCGUGCACGCACGCAGCGCAGAACGAAAGGCUCCCAUUGAGAGCAGUGAUCCAAGUACUGUUCUUCGAGCAGCUUCAGCUCCGGCACGCGGUGGCGGGGUCGUUCAUGUCAGCGGAAGCGGCGAUCGACGGCGGGAGGCCAUCUGGGGGCGGGAUGGAAGAGGAAGCACGUGAGAAGGAGGGGAGCGGCACGUGGAGCGUAGCGGAGAGAGAGAAUCAGGUGCUGCGGCUGGACAUGGAUAGCAUGAGGACGCGGGUGCAUCAGCUGGAGCGGGAGUGCUCCACCAUGAGGAAAGUGAUCGCGAAGAUUGACAACAAGGCGGGCCCACAAGGAGGCAGAGGCUGGAGGGCAUCCCUGGGGAAAAAGUUCGGGUGCAAAUUCAAAACGCAGGUUUGUGACUCCCGCGAACAGGCAGUGGUUGACACACGCAAGGGACGACCCCAUCAACACCAACCCCCCCAUGCCCAUGCCCAUAAUGAAUAACCUGCUGCUUAACGUCACGUGAGAUUGGUGAAGCGGUUAGCUGAAUCAUCUUUUUAAUCCCCGCAUUCUGUUUAUGAACUGUUAAAAACAACCCCAAAAGGGGGAAAAAACCCACGCAGGAUUUUGGUUUGGCAGGAUGGUGAUGUGGAAGUUAGUGAUUGGUUAAGUGGAGACGCGGCUUUUGAGGUGAAGGGUGCAGAGCGCAAGACAUGAGAAAUAUGGGGGAAUAAAUGAGAGGGGGUGUCAGUGAUUAUUGGUAACGGGGAAUAAAAUUAACUAAUUAAGAUGCAUUAUACGAGGCUGGGAACAGUAGCUGGGGGUGGCAGGGCCGGAAAAUACUAGAAGGGAAGGAAGAAUGAAUAGGGAUUGCUUGUGGUGAAAGGUCAUCAAAGAAGGGGGAAGGGGUGAUGAUUGGGAGGAGGAGUAGCUAGAAAGGCUGGAGGAUGGGGCCAUAAUUGGUGCACUUUUCCCUGUAGGCUAAUCAUAAUCUCAUUUAUUUUAGAGAGUUGGGGAUUCACAAUCAGACCCAUGAUUUUGCUGCGUGUUCCGUAAUUUUUCAACCAUCAUCAUUAUGUGACUGAGUCAUGUAUAAGGAACCUUUUCAAUCAAUA